GAAGAGGAGUUGGAAUCCCCGCCCUCUGCGACCGGCUAACCCACAUCCCUUCCCCUGCCGCCUCGCCGCCGGCCGCCGGCCGCCGUCUCGGUCGAACCGACCGGCCCAAAGGAAGAAGACGAGGCGAUUCCUCUCCGCGUCGCGCCCCCAUGGACAUACUCGAGAGAAUUCGCGGAGGCGGCGACAAGCCGGCCGCGAUGGAGACGCCCCGGAGGCCGGAGUCGUGGGUGGAGAUUUCAGAGUCCGUCUCGCGGCUCUGCAGCUUCGACGCCGGCGGGGGCGGGGCCGUAUCUGUAAAACUUAUCCAGGAUGACAGGAUGGCACAUGAUAAGUUGGUUGAUUCUUUCUUGAACAAGUUUUUUCCAUCUGGUUAUCCAUACAGUGUGAAUGAGGGUUACCUAACAUAUACCAAAUUCCGAGCACUCCAGCAUUUUUCUAGUGCUAUGCUGCAUGUGCUAUCGACCCAGUCUUUAUUAUUUGCUGCAGGUCUACGACCUACCCCUGCGCAAGCAACGGCUGUAAGUUGGAUUCUAAAAGAUGGAAUGCAGCACGCAGGAAAACUCAUCUGUAGCGGCAUGGGGGCAAGAAUGGAUUCAGAGCCAAAGAGUUGGAGGAUAUUUGCUGAUGUUCUCUAUGAUUUUGGUACUGCCUUGGACUUCAUUUCACCACUGUGUCCGCAACUUUUUCUUGAAGUGGCAGGCUUGGGAAAUUUUGCGAAGGGAAUGGCUGUGGUUGCUGCCAGAGCGACAAGGCUACCAAUAUAUUCAUCUUUUGCGAAAGAAGGCAACCUUAGUGACUUGUUUGCUAAAGGGGAAGCCAUCUCGACACUUUUCAAUGUUAUGGGGAUAGGAGCUGGCAUUGGAUUAUCAUCUACAGUAUGUUCAACGACUCAAGGAAAGCUAAUCAUAGGCCCAUUGCUUUCUGCUGUGCAUAUAUGGGGAGUGGUGCAAGAGAUGAGAGCAACUCCUAUAAACACACUUAAUCCACAAAGAACAGCAAUGGUGGUGGCUGAUUUUAUCAAGAGCGGAAAGGUUUCAAGCCCAGCUGAGCUAAGAUACAGAGAAGAUCUUCUGUUCCCUAACCGGUUAAUAGUAGAAGCGGGAAGCGUGAAAGUCGGGCAACCACUUCGCAGGGUUUUGAGCCCACGGCAUGUCGAAGAGCUGAGGUCUAUUUUCCCAAACGAGAAAUUUCUGCUCACCCAAAAAAGCGACAAGGCGUACAUGGUUCUUGAGCAGAGCGCAACCGGGGAGGAUGCGCUGAGGGGGUGGCUGGUCGCUGCCUUCGCUUCGGAGAUGGAGAGAUCAGGCGCUGGACCACGUGACACGGUCCUGAACGACGCCUAUCAGAAGAUGGAGAGCGUGUUCCCCGUGUUCGUUUCGGAAGUCAAGAGCAGGGGCUGGUACACAGGCCAGUUCUUGGAUGGAAAUCACAGUCGGAUCGCGUACGCGAAAUCUGAAUGACCGUGCUGGAGGAAGAGCACUAUCGACCACGACGCAUGCGGUGCAUCCCGCCUGCGAUUUUUUUCAGAGUUGCAGAGUUCAAUUUUGUUUCACGAAAAAAAAGUUGUUUGUAGAAAACCGUUUUCUUUUGUCUUCCGUCACUCAUAGGGUCGCCACUCUAUCUUUCUACCUUCAGUGCAGUGUAUGUAUGACAGAAAUGAGUGGAUGCUUUGUCUUCAGAA